GCUGCCGUCCUUCAUGAACGAUUAAUAUUCAUGAACGCGUUCUCUACUAUUCGUUCACAUAAGAGGUCCCGCCCUAUCUGCAUAUUCAAUACUUGCUGUCUUAUUAUUCAUGAGCUUUCGCGGGCUUUUCAACCACGUGAUUUUAUUUCGCGCGAAAUCCGGUCUGAUGCAGCUGUAGUAGAAAAGGACUGUGCAGAUUUCCACAGAGAUGGCGGAUUCUUCUGAGUCGCUCAACAUGGCCACCAGUCCUGCACGCAGUUCUCGGCGGGGGGAUGCCCUCACUUCCAGCCCAGGGAGAGAUUUGCCGCCUUUUGAGGAUGAAUCUGAAGGACUUCUGGGGACUGAAGGCAUCCCUGAUGAGGAAGAUGAUGAUGGAGAGGAGCUGAUUGUAGAUGGAAUGGAACGGGACUACCGCCAUAUUCCAGAGUUGGAUGUCUACGAACCUGAGGGGUUAGCCAUGGAUGACGAUGACAUAGAGGAACUGACUGCCAGUCAAAGGGAAGCAGCAGAGCGGGCAAUGAGGCAGAGGGACCGCAAAAUGGGCCUGGGCCGCAUGGCGCCUGGACUGAUUUAUGAGAGUGAUGACGAAGAUGAGGAUCGCCCUUUGCGGAAGAGGCGCAUGGCUGAAAGAGCAGCUGAUGGCAUAGAAGAUGAAGAUGAAGACAUGAUUGAAAGCAUUGAGAACCUAGAAGAUAUGAAGGGACAUUCAGUGAGGGAGUGGGUGUCCAUGGCAGCCCCUCGACUUGAAAUCUACCACCGCUUCAAGAACUUCCUGAAGACACAUGUGGAUGAUCAUGGCCACAAUGUCUUCAAGGAGAGGAUCAGUGACAUGUGCAAAGAGAACAGGGAGAGCCUAGUGGUGAAUUAUGAAGACCUGGCUGCCCGUGAACAUGUCCUCGCCUAUUUUCUUCCUGAGGCCCCAGCUGAAAUGCUGAAGAUCUUCGAUGAAGCAGCCAAGGAAGUGGUGCUGGCCAUGUACCCCAAAUAUGACCGGAUUGCUCAGGAAAUCCACGUUCGCAUUUCCCACUUACCUUUGGUGGAGGAGUUGCGGUCGCUCAGGCAGCUACAUUUGAACCAGCUGAUCCGGACUGGUGGGGUUGUAACAAGCUGCACAGGGGUCCUCCCCCAGCUCAGCUUGGUCAAAUACAAUUGUAGUAAGUGCAGCUUCAUCCUGGGGCCUUUCUGUCAGUCUCAGAACCAGGAAGUGAAACCUGGAUCCUGCCCUGAGUGUCAGUCUGUUGGUCCCUUUGAAAUCAAUAUGGAACAGACUGUCUACCAGAACUACCAGCGCAUUAAAAUCCAAGAAAGCCCUGGGAAAGUGGCAGCUGGCCGGCUCCCUCGCUCCAAGGAUGCCAUUUUACUUGCUGACCUGGUGGACAGCUGCAAGCCAGGAGAUGAGAUCGAGCUUACUGGAAUCUAUCAUAAUAAUUACGAUGGUUCCUUGAACACAGCCAAUGGAUUUCCAGUAUUUGCCACAGUGAUUCUGGCCAAUCACAUUGCAAAGAAGGAUGACAAGGUAGCAGUUGGGGAGCUCACAGAUGAGGAUAUGAAGGUCAUUGUUGGCCUCUCCAAGGAUGAGCAGAUUGGAGAUAAAAUCUUUGCUAGCAUUGCACCUUCCAUUUAUGGACAUGAAGACAUCAAAAGGGGCCUGGCCCUAGCUUUGUUUGGAGGAGAACCCAAAAACCCAGGUGGAAAACAUAAGGUCCGUGGUGACAUCAACGUUUUGCUUUGUGGGGAUCCUGGAACAGCCAAGUCUCAGUUCCUGAAAUAUGUGGAAAAAGUGUCCAGCAGAGCUAUCUUUACCACUGGCCAGGGUGCUUCCGCUGUUGGUCUGACUGCUUACGUUCAGAGGCACCCAGUGAGCAAGGAGUGGACCCUGGAGGCAGGCGCCCUGGUGCUGGCAGACAGGGGGAUUUGCUUAAUAGAUGAGUUUGACAAGAUGAAUGAUCAGGACAGAACCAGCAUCCAUGAAGCCAUGGAGCAGCAGAGCAUCUCCAUCUCAAAGGCAGGCAUCGUCACAUCCUUGCAAGCCCGCUGCACUGUUAUUGCUGCGGCCAACCCCAUAGGUGGCCGCUAUGAUCCUUCCUUGACUUUCUCAGAAAACGUUGAUCUGACUGAGCCCAUCAUCUCUCGAUUUGAUAUCCUGUGCGUCGUCAGGGACACAGUGGAUCCUGUUCAGGAUGAGAUGCUGGCUCGGUUUGUCGUUGGUAGCCACAUCAAGCAUCACCCCAACAACAAAGACGUUGUGAAUGGAGACUCUCAAGAGAUGAUCCUUCCUAAUACUUACGGUGUAGAACCCAUACCUCAGGAGGUCUUGAAGAAAUACAUUAUCUAUGCCAAGGAGAAAGUGCAUCCCAGACUCAACCAGAUGGACCAGGACAAAGUGGCCAGGAUGUACAGUGAACUCAGGAAAGAAUCAAUGGCAACUGGAAGUAUCCCCAUCACGGUGCGUCACAUUGAAUCUAUGAUCCGAAUGGCUGAGGCCCACGCUCGCAUGCACCUGCGGGAUUACGUGAUGGAGGAUGAUGUCAACAUGGCCAUUAGAGUCAUGCUGGAGAGUUUCAUUGACACACAGAAGUUCAGUGUUAUGAGGAGUAUGCGGAAGAGUUUUGCUCGGUACCUUGCCUUCAGGCGGGAUAACAAUGAGCUAUUGCUGUUCAUUUUGAAACAGCUGGUCUCAGAACAGGUGAUGUAUCAGAAGAAUCGUUAUGGGGCUCAGCAGGAUACUAUUGAAGUUCCAGAGAAAGACUUAGUUGACAAGGCUCGCCAGAUCAACAUCCACAACCUUUCUGCCUUCUAUGACAGUGAGCUGUUCAAGACGAACAGGUUCAGCCGUGAUGUGAAGCGGAAGCUGAUUCUGCAGGCAUUCUGAAGGUCAUGAAUUCCUUAGUAGCUGCAGAGAAAUAACCAUGUGGAACUGUGCUUCGCAUAGUGAUGCAGCGGAAAAACAAAAGCAACCAUUUUAAGAACUUACAAGAAAGAUCUAGAAACUCUGGUGUGCUGAAGGACUUGUGCAAACAAUAAAUAGAAUGACCCUGAAUGUUUCAUGUCCAGAAUUCCUAUGCUUCAUGCUAGCUGAGCUUGUUGGAUAAAACCUCAAAGGAAUACUUUCCAUUGGCUCCAGGUUUGAAUCUUGCCCUGAUUUGGAUGGGAGAAUAUUAUCAGAGUUGCUUGUUAGCUCAGUUUAUUCUUUCUUGUAGUGCAGUAGCUUUGAAUAGCCUGAUCAGGCAAAGGGAAAGGAAGCAUGAUUGAGUUGUGUCCCCUUUCCUCAUACUUAGGAAAUCCAGACUGAGCCAGCAUGUUUCCCUCUUGGAAGAUGUGCUUGUUUGCUCCUGAUAAGGAGGUGACAGCUCAUGCAUCUUCCACACAGUAGUGAUGCGAGGACUUGGCUUCAAGUGUUUGAAACUGGCAUGGAGAAUUCUUCCUGUGCUUGUUUCGAAUGCCAACAGCUACUCACAAGUUCUGUGUCACAGAGUCAUAGGUUGCUUAGUGGUUCAUAUGCUGUUGAGUGACAGGUUGACAUGGUCUCUUUUGCUAGUUGAUAGAAACUAGCUUUCUUUUCUGAAGACUGCACUCUAUUUUGUUUUGUUCUUUUGUUAUGCUGUGCUGUUGUGUGUCCAGUCCAGCAGAAAGGAGAGAGGUUUGGUAACUUUUAAUAUGGAAAAAUAAAAGUUCAGAUUUUUAAA